AGGAAGCUGACGGAAAAAAACAACAUGGCGGCGUCCUUGCAGCGGCUGGGCCUUGCGGGAAAGUACUUCAUCAACAGAACAUAUGCUUUAACACGGCCCAUUAUUGCCUCACGCAGACACAGGGCGACCGAGGCCGCUCGUCAGGUAGUUUUAAAUGUACCUGAAACCAAGGUGACCACGCUGGAAAACGGGCUCCGGGUGGCGUCGGAAGACUCUGGUCUAGCAACGUGCACGGUAGGGCUCUGGAUCGAUGCAGGAAGUCGGUAUGAAAACGAAAGAAAUAACGGGACGGCUCAUUUUCUGGAACACAUGGCAUUUAAGGGUACGAGGAAGCGGUCGCAGCUCGACCUUGAGCUGGAGAUUGAGAAUAUGGGGGCUCACCUCAAUGCCUACACGUCCAGAGAGCAAACCGUCUAUUACGCCAAAGCAUUCUCCAAGGACCUUCCCAGAGCUGUGGAGAUACUCGCUGACAUCAUCCAGAACAGCACUCUGGGAGAGGUGGAGAUCGAGAGGGAACGAGGGGUUAUCCUGAGAGAGAUGCAGGAAGUGGAGACCAACCUGCAGGAAGUGGUCUUUGACUACUUGCACGCCACAGCGUACCAGGACACGGCGCUGGGCAGAACCAUCCUCGGGCCCACGGAAAACAUCAAAACCAUAAACAGGAAUGAUCUUGUUGAGUACAUCACAACCCACUACAAAGGCCCAAGGAUUGUACUGGCUGCCGCUGGAGGAGUAUCGCACGACGAGCUGAUCGACUUGGCGAAAUACCACUUCGGGAAGCUGCCCGCCAGAUACAAAGGAGAGGUUCCAGAGAUGCCCCCCUGCAAUUUCACAGGAAGUGAGAUCCGUGUGCGAGAUGACAAGAUGCCCCUUGCACACAUUGCCAUAGCCGUGGAGGCUGUGGGCUGGUCGCACCCGGACACCAUCCCCCUCAUGGUGGCCAACACGCUCAUCGGGAACUGGGACAGAUCCUUCGGCGGGGGCGUGAACCUCUCCAGCAAGCUGGCACAGAUGGCAUGUCAGGGAAACCUGUGCCACAGCUUCCAGUCUUUCAACACCUGCUACACGGACACAGGCCUGUGGGGCCUCUAUAUGAUCUGUGAGCCCAACACCAUCAACGACAUGAUGCACUUUACCCAGCAAGAAUGGAUGUCGCUCUGCACAAGCGUUAGUGAGAGUGAGGUGGCGAGAGCCAAGAAUCUGCUGAAGACAAACAUGCUUCUGCAUCUCGACGGCUCCACCCCGAUCUGUGAGGACAUCGGCAGGCAGAUGCUGUGCUACAGCCGCAGGAUCCCUCUUCCUGAGCUGGAGGCGCGAAUCGAUGCCAUUAAUGCCCAAACCAUCAAGGAUGUGUGCACAAAGUACAUCUAUGACAAGUGUCCUGCCAUUGCAGCUGUUGGACCAAUUGAACAGCUUCCAGACUACAACCGCAUCCGCAGUGGCAUGUACUGGCUGAGGACCUGAGGGUCGGCCUCGCCUUUC